AUGGGCUGCGCCCCUAGCAUCCACGUCUCGCAUAGCGGUGUGAUUUACUGCCGGGACUCGGAGGAGUCCAACUCCCCCCACCAGACCACCACCAUCUCGCAGGGCACCGCCACCCUGCACGGCCUCUUCGUCAAGACAGACGCAGCCGACUCCAUUCCCUCCGUCCUCGCUUACCAGAGCCGGCAGCCGCCGCCCUCCGCCGCUCCCCGCCGCAAGGAGCGCAGGGAGUCCGGAGGCGCCUCCGCCCGGUCCAGGACGCCCCACUGCUGCAGCGUCGAGGCGGAGACCCAGACCAGCAGCUCCAGCGUCAAGCAGGCUUCAACUACAGAAAUACAAGUUGGGCCCAUGAGACUGACACAAUACCCAAUUCAGGUUUUGCUCAUCUUUGCAAAAGAAGACAACCAAAGCAAUGGUUUCUGGUGGGCUUGUGACAGAGCUGGAUACAGGUGCAAUAUUGCCUGGACUCCAGAGUCAGCACUUGAAUGUUUUCUUGAUAAGCACCAGGAAAUAAUUGUUAUAGAUCACAGGAACUCCAGAUACUUUGAUGCAGAAGAUAUCUGCAGGUCUAUUCGUGCUGUAGAGCCAUCAGAGCAUACUGUAAUACUUGCUGUGGUUCCACGCAUAUCUGCUGACCAAGAAGAGACCUCUGUUCUUCCCCUUCUUGAUGCAGGCUUUGAUAGGCAAUUCAUGGAGAACAGCAGUGUAACUGCUUGUUACAAUGAACUGCUUCAAAUAGAGCAUGGGGAAGUGCGAUCUCAGUUCAAAUUACGAGCUUGUAAUGCAGUGUUUACAGCAUUAGACCAUUGUCAGGAAGCUGUAGAAAUAACCAGUGAAGAUCAUGUCAUUCAGUAUGUUAACCCAGCCUUUGAACAGAUGAUGGGAUACUGCAAGGGAGAGCUUAUUGGCAAGGAACUUACUGAAUUACCUAAAAGCGAUAAAAACUGUGCAGAUCUUUUAGACAACAUAAACACAUUCAUUAAAAAAGGAAAGGAAUGGCAAGGAGUUUACUACGCAAGAAGAAAAUCAGGAGACAGUAUCCAGCAGCAUGUGAAGAUAACACCUGUGAUAGGACAAGGAGGGAAAAUAAGACACUUUGUGUCCCUCAAAAGGCUGCAUUGUACCAACGAAAACAACAAACAGGUCUACAAGAGUCACCAUGAAGAGAAGUACACAGGUGACAAUUCUCAAUCAGAAUCCAAUUCCUACAAAUGCAAGAACAGAAGGAAAGACUCAGUUGAUGUUAAGUCAAUAACAUCUCAAAGUAGUGAUGCAGCUCCAAGUUUACAGACCCGACGGUACUCUUCAAUGGCAAGGAUUCACUCAAUGACCAUAGAAGCUCCUAUCACAAAGGUUAUUAACAUAAUUAAUGCUGCCCAGGAAAACAGCCCCAUCACAGUAGCAGAGGCCUUGGACAGAGUUCUGGAAAUCCUGCGGACAACAGAGCUUUACUCCCCUCAGCUAGGUACCAAAGAUGAAGAUCCUCACACAAGUGAUCUUGUUGGAGGUCUGAUGACUGAUGGCUUGAGAAGACUGUCAGGAAAUGAGUAUGUGUUUUCUAAGAAUGUGAACCUGAGCCACAGUCACCUUCCAGUGCCAAACACCAUCAAUGAUGUUCCACCCUGUAUUGCACAGCUCCUAGAUAAUGAGGAAACCUGGGACUUCAAUAUUUUUGAGUUGGAGGCUGUUACAAAUAAAAGGCCAUUAGUGUAUUUGGGCUUAAAAGUUUUUGCCCGGUUUGGGGUCUCUGAGUUUUUAAACUGCUCAGAAGUAACGCUGCGGGCAUGGCUGCAGGUCAUUGAAGCCAACUACCAUUCCUCCAACUCCUACCACAACUCCACACACGCAGCAGAUGUCCUGCAUGCUACCGCCUUCUUCCUUGGCAAGGAGAGAGUUAAGGGAAGUCUGGACCAUUUAGAUGAGGUAGCUGCAUUAAUAGCUGCCACCAUUCAUGAUGUAGACCACCCUGGACGGACCAACUCUUUCCUGUGCAAUGCAGGCAGUGAAUUAGCUGUCCUUUACAAUGAUACAGCUGUAUUAGAGAGUCAUCACACAGCACUGGCGUUUCAGCUUACAACUAAAGACAGCAAAUGCAACAUUUUCAAGAAUAUUGAUAGAAAUCGCUAUCGGACAUUGCGCCAGGCCAUUAUCGAUAUGGUUUUGGCAACAGAGAUGACGAAACACUUUGAGCAUGUGAACAAAUUUGUGAACAGUAUCAACAAGCCUAUGGCACCUGAGGAGACCAGCCCACACAGUGAAGGCAGCGACACUGAAUGUACAGCCAAUAUAAAGAAUUUUCCAGACAACCAGACACUGAUCAAGCGCAUGAUGAUUAAAUGUGCAGAUGUAGCAAAUCCAUGUCGCCCUCUAGAGCUAUGUAUUGAAUGGGCAGGGAGGAUUUCAGAGGAGUAUUUCGCACAGGUAUGUAUACUUUUAUGAUUUGACCAUUAUAUUAUGUAAGAAAAUGCACAUCAGCUGCUGGUCUGCUGUUCCACACAGGGUCUGCUUGGUGUGACCAGAGUCCAGAUGUGGUUUUUUUCAUUCCCAGCCAGAACUGGCCCAUCAGUUUCAUGCAGAAGAAUUCACGCCAGGCAGUUAGCUAGUUUGCUCACCAUGAACCUCAUUGUAAAGAAUGGUGAAAAGGAAGUUUUACAUUUUCAACUUUCUUUAUCUGGCUAAAACAAAAUUAUUUGAUUAGUCUUAGUCAAUUUAAUUGGCUGAAAUUCAAGACCGUCACCAUUCUAGUUUCUAGUCCCAAUGAAGAAGCAUGAAGAUGCAUGUCUGAUGCAGCCCUCAGCUGAACCACUAGGAUGGCCCUUUCUCUUCUAAGGUAGGACCCAAGCUAUUGUCAGUGUAGGCAGAUGAGUAGCAGAGGCACAUGGCCAGUGUAAAUACUUAUGGCAUGGGAUCUCUCCAGACAGAACUGAAAGCUCAAGUUCACUUCUUCACAUUCAUUUUUUACUGACAGAAAUGUAC